AUGUCCCCCACUACACCAUCCGACCACUUCACCAAGGAGACAUUGACGUCCAUCCCACCUGAUGAAAAGCCUACUUACGCCACCCUCAAAAUUAUUCAUCAAGAGAUGAACGCCAAUGCCAUGGCUAUUCCAUCCACCAAUGGAGGAGGACAUUACGGCCACCUAGCCCUAGUCAUUCCAGCCGCUGCAUUCACAGCUCUCCCCAAUGCCAUUGCAUGGGUUGCUCCAAUCCAUCCAGGAGAAUCACCCAUUCAUGGAGUAGCACCAACUGCAGCACAGAUAUCUGAAAACAACAGAGUUUAUGAAGCCAACGAAAAGAAAUUUCUCACCUACAAAGCCACCGAAACUGCACUCAAGAAGCAGCUCCUCGAAGCCAUUCCUGAAACCUUCAUCAAAUCAUUGAAGCACGAAAUGUAUGGAUAUGCCCAAAUCACCACACUAGAACUCCUCACACACUUGGACACUACAUAUGGCAACGUCAAUGCCGAUGAUUUGGAGGACAACAUGAAAAGAAUGCAUGCACAAUGGAGCCCAACCCAAUCCAUCGAAGAUCUCUACAACCAAUUGAAGGAUGCACAGAAAUUCGCAGCCGACCACGAUACCAUCUCUGACAAAAUGGCAGUACGAGCUGCUAUUAAAAACCUCACCAACAGUGGCGUUUUCACCGAUGCCAUCAAGGACUGGAGGAAGAAACCAGACAAUGAUCAGACCAUGGCCGCGCUUCAAACCCACUUCACGGAAGCCGACAAAGAACGACGCCGCAUCCUCACAAGCAAGGAAGUCGGAUAUGCGAACAAAGCAGCCGCAAAACAGCCAGCAAAUGACAAGGCCAAUAUCAUCAUGAACGGCAGUGGUACAGUAAUGUAUUACUGCUGGACACAUGGCCUCGGACCCAACAGCAAUCACACCAGCAGGGAUUGCACCAAGAAAGCUCCUGGACACCGCAGUGAAGCAACCGGAGACGACAUGUUAGGAGGAUGCUGCAUUAUCCGACGCAAAGCAGGAGAACGAGCUGUGUAUCGUCGUCCCCAGCGCCAGGAACGUGAAAACGACGAAAACACGCCUCCAGCCAAUCGCACCUGA